GCUCCGGCCCCGCCGCCGCUCCGGCCCCGCCGCCAUGGAGCCCGUGCGCUCCUGGGGUCCCGCACAGGCUGCCGCCUGGCUCCGAGGGCUGGACACGGCGGUGCAGGGGUACCCCUUCGAGGCCUGGGGGCUAUCGGGGCCUGACCUGCUGGGGCUGGACGCGGGGGUCCUGGAGGCACUGGGCGUGUGGCCCUUGGGCCACCAGGAGCUGCUGCUGGAGGCCGUGGAGCAGCUCCAUAACCUGGACACAGGGCUGGUGAGCACCAGCCUGCGGACACUGACGGAGAGGCUGCAGGAGCUGGCACAGGGCAUCCAGAGCCUGGUGCAGGAGGGGCUGUCAGCAGGGGAUGCCCCCCAGCCGCCCUCCCUCACCCUCCUGACCCGAGUCAUCGACCUGGUCGGGGCUGCCAAGGAACUCUUCUCCUGGCUCAACAGGUACCUCUUCUCCACCCUCAAUGACUUUUCGGCCAGCCGGGACAUCAUCCUGCUCUGUGCCCAGCUGGCAGAGAUGCUGCAUGCGGACCUUCCAGCGGCUGAGAGGAACAGUGGGAUCCUGCAGAUUUGCCAGCACAUCGUGGGCAUCUGCAAGAGCAUCGUGGGCUGCAGCCCCCCAGCGCUGCUGGACCGCAGGGCUGUACUGCAGCGCGUGGGGCUGGAGCUGCCCCCCGGCCCGCAGGGCAGCCCCCCGAUGUCCCCCAGCACCCCGACACUGCCCCUUGGCCUGUGGCAGCACCCCCUAACAUCCCCUGACACGCCAACGCUGCCCCCCAGCCCAUGGAGCAGCCCUCCAGGAUCUCCUGGCACCCCAACACCGCCUUCUGAUCUUCUGGGGAGCCCCCAGCCGCUCCUCACCGCCCGACUGGGCUUUGAGAUCACCUCCACCAGCUCCUGCCUGCACUUCGUGUCUGCGACCACCUCGGAGGCCCUGGCUGCCCACGGGGACCACAUCCUGCCCGGAGAUGAGAUCGUGCAGGUCAACGAGCAGGUUGUGGUGGGUUGGACACCCGUCAGCCUGGCAAGGAAGCUGCUGGAGAAGGGGAACACGGUGACUCUGGUGUUGAAGAAGAUCCCCCUCAACCUGCCUGGCUCACCCCCCUCUCCCAGGCAGCAGCCCCCGGGAGCAUUUUUGGAUGCUGCAGAUUCCCCUGGCACCAGGAGCGGUGAGAGCCCGGGCAGCCCCGUGUCCUUGACCUCCAGCAUUGAGGCCGACUUGGACUCGGGACCAGACUCUGCCCCGGAUCCGGUCACUGACGAGGAGGAGGAAGAGGUCGAGCCAGAUCUGAGGCUGCCCGGGGCAGCUGUGGAGGAGCUGCCGGGACGGGGUGCUGCAGAGGAGGAGGUGUGGGACAGUGGCAGCCCCCUGGGAACCCCCCUGGACACCCCCCUGGGCACCCCCCCGGGCACCCCUGCUGCCACCAGACCCUGUGCCACAGAGCUGAGCCCCGGGGCAGCCCCCGCCACGGGGACUGGGGGAGCAGAGCCCAGCCAGCUCCCUGGGGAGGACAGUCCCCGCACAGGACGCAGACCGAAAGGAGUGGCGACCCGGCUGAGCCGCCGGCGGGUCUCGUGCCGGGACCUGGGCCGGGUGGACUGCGAUGGGUGGCUCCUCAAGAAGAAGGACCACGUGGGCUUCAUGGCCCAGAAGUGGAAGCGGUGCUGGUUUGUGCUCAAGGGCCACACGCUCUACUGGUACAACCACCCCAACGAUGAGAAGGCUGCAGGACUCAUCAACGUGGCCACCUACAACCUGGAGAGCACGAGGGAGCAGAAGAAGAAAUACGUGUUCCAGCUGUGCCACCAGACGUACAAGCCCUUUGUCUUCGCUGCUGAAACCUUAGCUGACCUGAGCAUGUGGGUCAGUCGCCUUGUAACAGCCAAAACAAAGUACACGUUAGCCCACCAGGCAGUCCCAGACAAGGAAGAAGACUGCUACAGUGAGACAGAAGCUGAGGACCCUGACGAUGAGUCCCCCAGGCAUGGAUCCGACUCGCCAAGGAAGAGGCUGCAGAACACCCCAGAGAAGGCACAGCUCUCCCCAGCCGGCAGCGCAGCCAGCAGCCCCCAGGGCAGCCCCCGGCCCUGCUCCCCCACGGACCCGGCUGGGGAGGAUCUGGAGAGCCUGAUGCGGUGCCUGAGGCAGGGAGGGGUGUCCCUCAUCGGGCAGCGGCGCUUCCUGACGCAGGAGCAGUGCCGAAAGUCCUUCCUGCGGCGCAACAAGAACCCCCACAUCAACGAGAGGGUGCACGCGGUGCGGGCUCUGCAGAGCACGCUCAAGGCGAAGCUGGCGGAGCUGCAGGCCCUGGAGCAGCUGCUGGGAGAGGCCGCGCUCACCUCGGACACGUUCAGGCGCUGGAAGGAGGAGCACCAGGAGCUGUACCAGGAGCUGCAGGAGAGCUGGGCAGGGCGGCAGGGUCAGGGCCACGACCAGGGGGAUGCUGGGGACCAGCACGGCCCCCACGAAGAGGCAGCUGAACCCUGACAUCCUGCCAGGACCUGGCGUGGACCGGUGCCAACAGGACGUGGAGAGCAGUGGGUGCUCUGUGCUGGGGGGGCGUUUUGGAAGGCUAAGCCCCCAGCAGGGCCCUCCCGCAGGGGAAGUGGCUUCUGUGACAGUCUUAAUUUUUCCCAGUUCGUCUUGCCUUCGCUGCAGGUUGGCAAGGGGGGGGAUUUUCCCGGGGAACGUGCCCCCGCUGUGGUGCUGCCAGCCGGCCCGGCCACGGGCUCUUCUGCUGUAAAUAAAUGUGUUGACAGGG